AUGUUAGCGACAGCGUUCGCGGUGUCGUGUAUGACGGCGCAGGCGGCGGCGCUGGCGCCGAGCGCGGCGCGCGGCGCGGCGCUGGGCACGCUGCGCUCGCUGGGCGCGCUCGCCCGCGCCGCCGGCCCGCUGCUCGCCUCCACUGUGUACUGGUGUUCGGGCGCGGCUACAACAUAUACAAUUGGUUCAAUCAUAUUAAUACUGCCAGCUUUUAUGCUAUUCCGACUGAAACACAAAAUGAACAAA